AAAGAAGGACUAAAACAGUUUGGAGCUGUCUGAAGAAAAUGUGAUUUUCUGUUACUAGUCGGAAAUAAUUGAAGCAAUUACUAUGUAUUUUAUGAAAUCGUGAAUAUGUCAUUUGAUAUUUAUGAACUAAUUGUGGUUAGAUUACGCCAGUUUUCUCAGAAAGUGCCUUGGUGUUUGACAUCCAAGCUCAGCAUCAGUACGAAUCAACACAAACCUCUUUUCUUCGUCUAGACACUCCUUUCUGCCAAUGUUGAAGUAGUUUUCAACAUUUCAGUAGGAGAGGAAGUAUCAAACGACUCAGUAUUUGUUAAUAUCUUCGAAAAAUGGUUAGCUAAAUAACAUUGUUCUUCGACUGUUGUGAUUUUGACAACCAACAUUUUUUGUUGCACGUUGAUACAAACCAGGAUAAUAUAAUUAGGAUUUUAGAGGAUACUAGCUAUAUAUAGCCUACUAUAUCAAACAUAAACAAAUUAAUACAAAAUGGAUGACAGUAAAAGGUUUGCAACUCCGCAGGAGGAGAUAACAUUCUGGCGACAGACGGCAGAACGUUUCAAACAGGACCUAGAAGAUGCACGAGAAGAGCUUGAAGAAUUCCAGAUCAGCAGCAGAGAACUCGAAGCAGAAUUGGAGACACAACUUGAACAGUUUGAAAAUAAAAACAAAGAACUUACUUCAGAUAGAUCUAAGUUACAAACAGAAAACGAAUCUCUCAGGGAAAAGCUGGAAAUGAUCCAGUCCAAUUCCUACAGGAAGCAGACAGAGCUAGAGGAUGACCUAGCUCAGGUGACAGCUUACAAGGAUGAGCUGCAGAAGUAUAUCCGUGAACUGGAGCAGUCCAACGAUGACUUGGAACGCACCAAGAGAGCAACAGUGGUUUCAUUAGAGGACUUUGAGCAAAGAUUGAAUCAGGCAAUAGAGAGAAAUGCCUUCCUCGAGAAUGAACUGGAUGAGAAGGAAAACCUCGGAGAUACUGUUCAGAGGCUCAAGGAUGAAGCCAGGGAUCUUCGCCAAGAACUUGAUGUUGUCACGGUGAAGAAACCAUCAUUAAAAGAACAGUCACUUAAGGAGCCAGAGUCACCAGAUGGAACUAAGUCAUCACUGACCCCAUCACCUGGCUCUACAGCUAACAACACACCGACAGACAGCUCCAACAAGCUCGUUGACAGUGGUUACAUGGGCUCCCAGUUCAUAGCCUCAACUCCCAAUCUAAAACGUCUGCCUAGUAACAAUGGAGGUACCCCCCUCACCCCCUCUGCACGUAUCUCUGCUCUCAACAUUGUUGCAGAUUUAUUACGAAAAGUUGGAGCUCUGGAAUCGAAGCUAGCCUCAUGUCGAAAUUUUGUAAAGGACCAGCCAAGAAGUGGUAAGCCAGGAGGUGGCAGUCCAUCAAACUCACCAAGGUCUGACGUCCUGCAUGGUGCAAGACUAAGGGCAAAGAGGUUAAACAGAGGAGCAUCAGUCCCUCCCCAACAGGGAGUGAAGAUACCCGUAUAGGGCCCAGAGACUUCGGUACAUACGGCCAGUGUUGUGUGUUACAUACAUUUCUAGGAUUCUUGCUGUUAUGAGACACAGACAUGCAGAUGGAGGAAUGUUUUUGUGUAUGUCGUGAGUUCCUACAGCUGGGAGAGGGACGUGGGCCUAAGCAUUUUGUGUUACAGUGCCAACAUGGACACAUCUCAUCAAACUUUUCACUCCUAUGCUGCAGUAAGGUGGACACGUUUAAAAACUGAUACUGCACUUAAACAUUGUGGUGAAAAGUGUUUCAGAUACAAUGUUUGUGAUGAAAAAGAUUUCUCAAUGGAAAUCAGAAACAAAAUUGCUCUAGAUGAAUUUUAUUUUAGGUUUGAUACUGGGUGUGAUAUAUAAGCCUUACUAUACUAAUGAGAUAAUUUUUUUACUUUUUUUUUUGUCAAUCAUGUUGUCAGAAAAUUCAUUAUUGAUGGUUAUAUAUAUAUGUAUAGUGCAGUGUUUUCCCUGGGAUUUCAAGAUAGCUGGAUGGUCAGGAAAAGAUAACUUGGUUCAGAUUCUUACCACCCAGGUUUAAUCUGAUACGUUUAUAAUAUGUGCAUGUUAAAGUUUAGCAUCACAGCCUUUUUUCAAAUUAACCAAAAGAAGCAAAGCGUUAAUUGAACAGAGUUUUGAUUCAACUGUUGGUGAGUUGAUGUUUUAGGCUUACUGACCAAUUAUCAUAGAGGAAAGGUAACACCAGUCAUUUGAAAAAGAUUGAACUAAAAUCAUUAUAAUUUACUCUGAAGAUAUUAUUACGUUCUGAGCCCAUCUGAACUGGUCCUGGGAAGAACACUGUACUAUGUUCCCAAUGCAUACAGUAUUGCAAGUGCCGUACAUAUUACUGAUAUUAAUAAGGACUGGAGUGCUCAUGUUGCUGUCGUAUUUGUGGUUGUACUAAAUAGUAUAUUCCCUAAGUGUUUUCAUAUGUUUUAAUUGCUGAAAUGGAGCCAUGUCAGAUGUGAGGGAGAUUAUUGGAGAUAUAUUUUCAAAAUGAGGUAGAUAAAGUUAAUUUGUGAGCAAAUUAAACUCAACAAAUCUUUAUUUUAACACAGCAAAUAGAUAUGAGUCGAAGAAGACAACAGAGAGUUAGGGACUUAUAAGUAGUGAUGGUAUAGAUUUACAUAGGGACUUAUAAGUAGUGAUGGUAUAGAUUUACAUAUAGUAUAUAUUACCUAAACCAUAUUGUAUACAUUUAUUUUGUACAAUAAUAAUAGGUUUUGGAAAUGUCUGUGGUUUGUACUCUUCAAAUGUGUAUUUUGGCUCCUAUAGCUACACAUGUGAACUGCCAUGAAUGAAUUACAUUCUAAUACUCAAUUUUAAUUUGGGUAAUGUAAAUGGUAACAUUGGUAUUGUCUUCACAGUUUGUUUAGUUUCAUCCAUUAUGAGAUACAGGUACAUUACGUAGCACACCAUACCAUGGUCACUACUGGUAAAAGUAACGAACCAUAAUACCACUACUGGUAAUAUACCAUAAUACCACUACUGGUAACAUACCAUGAUACCACUACUGGUAACAUACCAUGAUACCACUACUGGUAACAUACCAUGAUACCACUACUGGUAACAUACCAUGAUACCACUACUGGUAACAUACCAUGAUACCACUACUGGUAACAUACCAUGAUACCACUACUGGUAACAUAACAUGAUACCACUACUGGUAACAUACCAUGAUACCACUACUGGUAACAUACCAUGAUACCACUACUGGUAACAUACCAUGAUACCACUACUGGUAACAUACCAUGAUAACACUACUGGUAACAUACCAUAAUACCACUACUGGUAAUAUACCAUGAUACCACACCUGGUAAUAUACCAUGAUACCACUACUGGUAACAUAUCAUGAUACCACUACUGAUAACAUACCAUGAUACCACUACUGGUAACAUACCAUGAUACCACUACUGGUAACAUACCAUAAUACCACUACUGGUAACAUACCAUGAUACCACUACUGGUAAUAUACCAUGAUACCACUACUGGUAAUAUACCAUGAUACCACUACUGGUAACAUACCAUAAUACCACUACUGGUAA